CACAAUCUCUCAGGACGACAGCUCACAACUCAUUUUACUUCUAGAGUAAUUUUCAUUACGGUACUUCCUUUUGUUCUGAGAGUACCGGUACAAAUUACAACUGGAGGUCAGUGGAGAAAAUUACCUGACGUGGUAGUCUACAGCGCUACCGUCCCAGUCACCUAUAAGAUGAGAUGGCAAACGGCAGAACCUCCAACCACUAAACCAGUACCAUUUGCAACAAAUUGUAAUGCAAUAGAAUGUAUUUUGGACCAAGACAUUACCGAACUUAACAGACUAAUCCAACAAGGACUGCGACAACUGACUACCGCUCUUAGACCCGAAUUAUGGAAAGAAAUAGAAACUACAGAAGAAAUUCCUGAUACAAGAAGAAAAAGAGCCCUUGACUUCAUAGGAGACUUCUUUUCUUUUUGUUGCGACAUCGCAACCGAGAGGAAAGUCGAUAGCCUCAAAGCAAAAUCUUCAGAAAUCCACGAAUUCCUAAGGCGAAUGGACUUAGGAAUGCAGAAGAACUUAAGGUUAGUCACUAAUAAUUCUGAAAGAUUUAAUACUUAUCACAAAGAACUUACUAACAAUUUGAUGGAAGUACGGAAAAAGAUCUCACGGUUAAAUGAAUUCAGCGCCAACUUAAGUAAUGAAAUAAACAGAGACCACGCGAAAGUUGAGGGUCAGUUACAAUUACAACGCCAUCACUCUUCUAAAAUUGCAUUAAAUAUUUUUCAUUUGAGUCACAUAGUUAAUGAUUUAGAUAUCAUCACUUCAUGUAAAGAACAUAGAAUUCCAGCAACCGUAGUACAUCCAGAUGUCUUGUCUACGGAUCUUUUAAAUUUACAGCAAGAACUAAAUAAAGAUAAUCACACUUUAGCCUUAAGCUUAAACGAUAUCUCGCGUUAUUAUAAACUAAAAAUAUGUGAUUGUACGGUAACUGAUGAUCAUCUAAUUGUCCAUAUAAAACUUCCAAUAAUUUCACAAAAUCGACGAUGGCAAAUAUAUGAACUCAUCACAACUCCAUUCGCAUGGAAGAAUCAUACAUGUUUAUUGAUGCAUGAAACACUUUAUUUAGCAGUAUCCAAUAGAGGUACGAAGAAAACACUCAAAACGAUAUCAGGUAUCGGAUUACAUCAUUGCAAACCUUAUACAGAUAAAUUGUGUUAUUUACCACGUUAUAAUACUGAUACCAUGUAUGGCCCAAAAUGUGCAUAUAAAAUGUUUUUAGGAUCGACAGUACAAGAAUUAGAGGAGCAUUGUUCUUUUAGAUGUCACUCAUCUAAGAGUAUGAUAAUCUCCGAAAUAAAAGAUGAUACCUUCAUUAUUACACACCCAAUGCCUCACACAAUAAUAACAUGCCCUACCGCAGACACCUCUGCCAAAUAA